AUGAACAACGAUAAAAAUACAAAUAAAGUAAUAGAAUGGUUGCAAGAAGAUGAAGAUACAAACAUCAGUGACCUGAACUCAGAAACGGAUACAGAAUCUGAGCAUUCAAAUCAUGACACAGAAUCAGAACAGUCAGGUAAUAGUGAUUCUGAUAAUACACAUACCCCGGCUUCAAAUAAUUUUCUGAAUACCCCUUGUUAUGUUGGAAAAGAUGGUACAAAAUGGCUAAUCCAUAAGCCCCAAACUACAAAAACUGCUCGUCAAAAUAUAAUUACAAAAUUACCGGGAGUGAAAGGUGAAAGAGACUGUCCACCAACAAAUUUUGAAGAAAUUUUAGCAUUUUUUGGGUUAUUAUAUUUGGCUGGUGUAAAGAAGGCUCAGCAUUUGAACACCGAUGAAUUAUGGUCUACCGACGGUACAGCUCCUGAAUUUUUCUCGGCAACUAUGUCUAAAAGACGUUUUCAUACUCUCGUACAAGCAAUUCGUUUUGACGAUCGUAAUAGUAGAUUAGAGCGAAAAAAGACUGACAACCUAGCGCCAAUCAGAUAUAUUUUUGACCAGUUUUUAAAAUCAUGCAUAGAAAGUUACACAAUAAGUGAAUACGCUACUAUCGAUGAAAUGUUAGAAGCAUUUCGUGGGAGGUGUAAAUUUAGGCAAUAUAUAGCCAACAAACCCGCCAAAUAUGGCAUCAAAAUAUAUGCUCUUGUUGAUGCUAGAACAUUUUAUACUUCCAACAUGGAAAUAUAUGCUGGAAAACAGCCCACAGGUCCAUUUCAAAAAGAUAAUAGUGCAGCUUGUGUAGUGAAACGUCUAAUAGAACCAAUUGAUAAAUCCGGACGAAAUAUUACAAUGGAUAAUUAUUUUACAUCUGUACCUCUCGCCAACGAAUUAUAUGCAAACCACCGGCUUACUAUUGUAGGAACAUUAAGGAAAAACAAAAGAGAGAUUCCACCAGAGUUUACUAAUAUAAAAACACGUCCAUUACAAAGUACAAUGUUUGCGUAUGGACAACAUACAAAAAGUCUUCUUUGCUCGUAUGUUCCUAAAAAAAAUAAAAAUGUUUUAAUGUUAUCAACAAUGCAUUGUGAUGAUUAUAUUGACCCAGAUUCGGGUGAUUUGAAAAAGCCAGAAGUAAUAACUUUCUAUAAUUUGACCAAAGGUGGAGUUGAUGUAGUAGAUCGACUAAAAAGUGAAUAUUCAGUAACAAGAAUAAGUAACCGUUGGCCAUUCACAAUUUUUUGUAGUCUGUUGAAUAUUGGAGUAAUAAAUUCACAAAUAAUUUAUAAAACGAAUACGAAUGAUAUAUUUACUAGAAGACAAUUUCUUACAGACUUAUGCAAAAUAUUAACAAAACCCCAUUUGUUAAAACGUGCAACAAUACCUAGUCUUGGAUUAUCAAUUCGACAGAAAAUACAAAAUAUUACAGGAUUUCAAGCACCACCAAAGGAAAAUACUCCUCAAGGAAAGCCACGAUGUAAAUACUGUCCAAUACGUAAAAAUAGAUUCACACAGCAUCAAUGUAGCCUUUGCUCCAAACCAAUUUGCAAGGAACAUACUGCAUCAACUAACCUAAUUUGCCUCAUUUGUAAUAAUCCUCAAGAUUCAGACGAUUAA